CAUGGGCCCAUUUAAACUGUGCCCAUUGGUUGGGCAGCAAGUGUAAACUAUUGAUUAAUUAAUGAUUAGUCAGAGCGCAAUGGAAAUUCGGUUUCGCUGACUGCUUCUUAAAAACUUUUCACAGUUUUCAAAGUGAAGUAAACCAGUAUUAGUGACAAAGUAUUUAAUAGUGCAGUGUUAGACAUGUUUCUAAUUUAUUGAUGAAGUGGUUUAAUAUUUAAAAUAAGUUUAGGAAGUUAGUUCAAUUGUUUUAAUGUGAGUGAACCACGAGAGAUAGAACGUUUUGAAUUUACGAAAACUUUUCUUCGUAGAAAAUAAUAUAGGUACAAAUUUAGUUAUACGCCGAACAAAAUGGCGGACAACAGCAAUUCCACCAUGGAGAUGGGAACCAGUGAUCAGGUGCUGGUCGCAACCAAACGCAAGAAGACACUAGGCUACAUAAUCGGAACAGUCGCGAUGUUGGCAGUAAUAGGAGUCGUGAUUACCCUCGUGGUAGUCCUAACAGGCAAUGAGGCCGGUCCCGUUGAACCGAUCGUAUCUACCGAAGGGCCGACCACUCCUAUAGAACCUUCUUCAUCGACCACGACAAGUACGACGACAGAAUCGCCGACAUCUUCGACUGAGGCCGGUGGUACGACGACUGAGUCUGGUGUGACUGACCCGCCGUUGACGCCAUUGGAACUUGAAGAGAUUAUAGAAGGAAUAUACUCACCUCCUUCUUUCAAUGCCUCUUGGUCUUCUGGAAGCGAGGUGUUGUUCCGCAACGCUAAUGGCGAUCUGGUGCUGUAUGAUGUUGAUACUGACAGCACCACUCCACUGGUUUAUAACUCCUCACAGAUUCUGCAGCAAUCGUCAAGAGUGAUGCAGCUGUCGGCUGAUGGAACCGAAGUUAUAUUGGCCUACUAUGUAGUACCGGUAUACAGAUACAGUUUCCGAGCUCGCUACGCCGCAAUAAACUACGCGACUGGUCACACCGUUGACAUCCUACCCUCAGGCAUUGAUGCUGAAGAUGCUUUCCUUCAGAACUUUGUAUGGGGACCAUCGGGAACUUCGCUGGCGUUCGUGUACUUGAACAACAUUUACUAUCAAGACCAUCUGAAUAAUACUCCCCGUCAGAUUACGACUACGGGACAGUUAAAUGUGAUUUACCAUGGUAUCCCUGACUGGGUUUAUGAAGAGGAGGUGUUCGGCUCUAGCAACGCCAUCUGGUUCUCAAAAGACGGCAACAAGAUGGCGUUCGUGACGUUCGACGACUCCGGAGUGAGAGUGAUGAGGGUCCCCCACUUCGGAGUACCUGGCUCUGUCAACUACCAGUACACACAGCACCAUGAGAUCCGGUACCCUAAGCCUGGAACAGCCAACCCCUUGGUCACGGUGACGCUGAUCGACCUGAAUACCAAUGUUUUGAACGUAUACUCUGCUCCCGAAGAUCUCACCCAGCCCAUAUUGAAGACAGUGAAGUUCGUGUCGAACUUGGCUAUUGCUCUAGUCUGGACCGACCGAGUACAAACCACUAUGAGAGUACAGAUCUGCACCCAUGGCCAGGCUUCUUGCACUCUGAUCUACUCCUACACGGAAGCAAAUGGCUGGAUUGACAACAUUCCUUUCUUCUUCAACGAAGCAGGCAAUGCCUUCAUCACCAUCUUGCCGCAAGCAGUGGACGGCGUUAUGUACAAGCAAAUCGUUCAGGCAUCACAGGGUACCACUGCUUUAUGGCAAACUCAGAAUCGCAUUAACAUGGCACACACCGUUCUUGAAAUUCUGGCAUGGAACGCCAAUGGCGAAAUAUGGUACAAAGCAACUAGCGUAGAAGACUCGGCAGAACAACACAUCUUUGUAGCCAACAGUACAGGCGUGUUCUGUUUCACUUGUGCCAUCCGUCGUCCUGAUGAUGGCGGUGAAUGCUUGUACAAUGAAGGCAUGCUCAGCAACUCUGGUGAUAGGAUCACUAUCAACUGUGCUGGUCCUGAUGUGCCUCAAGUCUUUAUUUUUAACACUAACGGCUCCCUAGUCCGCGUAUGGGAUGACAGUGCUGAGCUACGCUCCAUCACCAGCAACCGCGUGCUGCCGGCCAGUCUACGCCUCAAUGUCAAUGUGGGCGUCGGCUUGCCUCCUGCUGAUGUGCACAUACAGGCACCAGCUGAUUAUCAGAACAGGACUAAUGUGCCGCUGCUUGUUUAUGUGUAUGGAGGUCCCGACACAGCUCUAGUGACAAAACAAUGGACGCUCGACUGGGGCAGCUCGCUCGUCAGUCGGUGGGGCAUCGCCAUCGCACACAUCGAUGGACGAGGCUCCGGCCUUAGAGGCGUCACCAACAUGUUCGCUCUGAAUAGGAGGCUUGGAACAGUGGAGAUUGAAGACCAGAUCAGUGUUACUAAAUACCUUCAAGACAAUUUGAACUGGAUUGACGGCAACCGUACGUGCAUCUGGGGUUGGUCGUACGGUGGUUAUGCGGCCAGUAAGGCUUUAGCUGAAGGUGGCUCCGUCUUCCGCUGUGCUGCUGCUGUCGCUCCCGUUGUGGACUGGAGAUUCUAUGACACAAUCUACACUGAACGUUACAUGGAUCUGCCCUCAACAAACGCGGAAGGUUACGCCGUGUCAUCACUUCUCACUGAACAAGUUGCGGAGGCACUUCGCGAGAAGAGCUACUUCCUGAUCCACGGCACGGCGGACGACAACGUGCACUACCAGCACGCCAUGCUGCUCUCGCGCAUGCUGCAGAGGCGAGACGUUUACUUCACGCAGAUGAGCUACACAGACGAAGACCACGGCCUGGUUGGCGUUCGGCCGCAUCUGUACCACGCACUAGAGAAGUUCCUUCAAGAGCACAUGUUCUAAGCGUCACACUCGAACCGUUUUGCUCAGUGAUACCUCUACUUAGUAGUAAAUUAUCGUAUUUUCGUAUACAAAUAAAGAUAUUAACAGAGCAAUGACAAAUAGAACAAUUGAACAUAUUUUGUUUCAAGUUUUUUGAAAAAGAAAUUGAUAUUUAUUUAUUUGUAAGGUUAAAGAAAAGCUGAGAUACGUACUUACAUUGGUUAUUAUGCAGAAUAGUUUUUUGUGUAAAGAUCUAUCUUUGCGAUAUGUUUGUCGAUUAAUAAUAUCGGUUUGACAUAAUUGUCUAACAAUUUCGAUUCGAGUAAAACGUAUUUUUAAACGAUAAGGCUAUGAACAAAAUGUUAAAAUUUUAUAAAUAUUAUUAAAUAUGAAUGUUAUUAUUUACUCCAAAAACUAUAUUUUGUUCAACCACACUUUAAAUGUGAAUACAAUAAUAUAAUAAUUAUAUUAUAUCUAUAGUUAUAAAAAAAUACAAAGUUACCUGUCUAAUAGCGCAAUAAUUUAUAUGAAAUAUUACGAGUCAUGUAAAUAAUUUUAAACUGAAGUAAGUCUUUUGAGUAUUGUGAAGUUACUUAAAGUUGCCAAUGUUAAUAGUAUGAAACAGGGUUUUCGGUGGAUAUGAUGUACCUAGAUAUUGUUAUUCAAAUACCUAUUUAUGUGAAACAGUAACACCUGACAUAAUAAUUUAUAAUUAAAUAGUUUGCUGUAUGUAUAGUUUCAAUGAAUCAUGAUAUUGAUUUCGUUUGUAAAUAUUUUAAGUACUUUAAGUACAAAAUAUCUAAUAUAAUAAAUGUGUUUUCUACAA